AUGGCUCGCACACUCCUUUUCCAACUUUUUCUAUUCGUAAAUACUACAUUCGCUUUCGUUCAUCCUGGGCUCCUCGUGUCUGAGACCGACAUCACACGCAUCCAAUCCAAACUCAGCCAAAAACUCGAUCCAUGGCAAAGUUCCUGGGAUAAACUCACCAGCAUUUCCUACAGUCAAUCAAACUACACAAGCAAUGCUGUCGCGCGGAUUUAUCGCGAUACUACUAUUGAUGUAACUGCCAACGCCCAACUUCUCUGGCACGAUGCAGCUGCAGCUUUCGCACUGGGAUUGCGCUGGAAAAUAGAGGGGGAUGCGCAGUAUGCUGAAGCUGCAGCGGCCAUUCUCACAGCGUGGGGAGAAAAGUUUGAGGAUUUCGAUGAUGAGGGUGUGGAUGAUCAAUAUCUUACAGCUGGUUUGCAAGGUCACGAAUUGGUUAAUGCUGCAGAACUCAUUCGUGACUAUGCUCCUUUUGCGAAGAGCGGUUUGGCUACUUUCACAGCUAUGUUUGAGAGGACUUUCUUGGCUAAGAAUCUCUAUUUCCUCAACCAUAGCGCGGGUUCCGAACAUAAUAUCAAGCAUUUCUUUGCUAAUUGGGAACUUUGCAAUAUGGCCUCUGUGAUGGCAUUUGGGGUUUUGACAGACAAUUCCACACUCUUCGAUUACGCGGUCGAUUAUUUCAAGACUGGAUCGGGAAAUGGUGGAAUCAACAAUUGUAUUUCGAAUCUCGUUACCGAGCCAGAGACGGGAAAAAUCAUGGGACAACCCCAAGAAGCUGGACGUGAUCAAGGACACACGGGUCUUGAUUUCCAAUUACUCGGAGUCCUUGCCCAGCAGGCCUGGAAUCAAGGCGAGGAUUUGUACAGUUACAACAAUAGCAAAAUCUUACUCGGUGCCGAAUACUACGCGCGCUACAACCUCAACAACGACGUCCCCUUUGAACCCUACACCAACGGCAUCGUCUCCUUCACUGUCGUCAGUAACAUUUCCCGCGGUUCCUACCGUCCCACAUGGGAACUCCUCCACGCGCACUACGCACAAAUCAAAGGCGUCGAUGCGCCCUGGACAAAAGAAUACAUGAACUACACCAUCACCAUGAUGGGCGGUUUCGAGGGUGGAACAGGUUCGUGGGGCGAGGGAUCAGGUCAUUAUGAUGGGCUUGGGUGGGGUUCCUUGCUUUAUCAUUUGGAUCCGGAGGAUGUGGUGAGAGCGGGGAAUAAUUCUCGGCCGACUGCGAAUUCUACGGUCCCUGCUACAAAUACGACGAUGUCGUCUACUUUCACAUCGACUAGCGCGCCGAGCUCUACAGCCGUUGUGGCAGUUUCGGGCUCUGUCACUUCGAAAGAGACAAUCGCAACUACACUUCCAGUAGCUAGUUCCGCUCUGCUAGUACUCUACAAACUGUUAUUAUCCCCACAACAUCUAUUCUCACAUCCCCCUCCCCAAGUCUCACAAGCUCAGCUGUAAUUUCUGCUCCAACUGCAACUGAAGACGAAGAAGAAGACGAAUGUUUCGAAAUGGAACAAAUGUAG